AUGGGAAAAGCAGCAGAACUUAUCAAAGCUAACAAGUACUUUAUGAGCUCCAAGUCAUGGUGUCCAGAUUGCAAGUACGCUAAGGCCAUCUUUCAGAAGUAUGGUGUUUUGGACAAGGUUAAGAUUGUUGAGUUAGAUAAAAUUGAUCCAAAGGAAGCUGAAAGUUUGGAAAAAGAGAUUACUGCCAUAGUGGGAGAAAGUGGGUCCCAACUAUUUUUUUCAACGGCAAGGAAUUUGGUACUGAAGAAACUUUAA